AAUUCAAACUUAAAUUAUUGACAAGUGACGAAACCACUCGUUUUGUUAGUAAAAAAACCACCUUUCUCCUUCUCUUCUUUCUCUCUCCUCCCCUCUAUAUCUUCUCUACUCUUCUCUCCUUUCAACCCCUCCCACUUUCGCUUAAACUCACACCAAUUUCUCUCUCCACCUCUCCCACUCUUUUUCUUCUUUUUUGUGCUCAUUUUUUUACUGUUUAUUUUGUUUUACAAUUUCCCCCUCAUAUCUUAAGUUUUUCUUUGAAAUUUCUUUUGCAUUUCCUUGAACAACACAUCAUCAAAUCCAAGUUAUAACACUUUUAUAUAUUUUUCUAUACUUUAAAUUUUGUCUUUCCCUUGUAACUUAUUCAAUUGUUAUUUAUUUUUACAUAUAUGUUUGUGAAAGAUGCUCAUUCCUUUUCUUACAAACUUAUUCUAGCAAAAUACAUUCAUUAUAAACUCUUCUUAAUUCAUCAAAAAAUUCUCCUUUUGUUAUAUUAAAAAAAAAAAAAAAAGUUUCCAUUUUGAGUUUUCGAAAGCUAAGGGUAUUGAUUUGAGAUGGAAGAAGUGAAGGGUUUUGAUAGAAGAGUUCAUUUGAUCAAUGAGUUACUUCAAGGAAUGGAAUUCGCAAAACAAUUGCGAAACCAAAUUUUGAACCCAACAAAUAAUUCAUGUUCAUCUCCAUCUUCAAAUGAUGAUUAUAAUAAUGAUCAAGUAGCCCUUAAUAAUUUGUUACUUGAAAAAAUGUUGUCAUCAUUUGAUAAAACCAUCACGAUUGCCAAAAAGCUCAAUAUUCAAAUCCCACAAGACCCCUCUACUAAUAAUCAUAAUCAUAAUCAUAGCUACGCCCAUUUUUCGGAAUCUCCUCAUUCUUUGACCAUUAGUAGCCCGAACAGUGAAACUUCUCGCAGCAAUUUUUCUCCUUCUAAAAAGAGGAAAUCAAUGAUGCCAAAGUGGACAAAGAUUGUGCAAAUUGGCAAUGAAGGAGUGAAAGGCUUAGAGGGAGCUCUUGAAGAUGAAUAUAGUUGGAGAAAAUAUGGGCAAAAAGAAAUUCUUGGAGCUAGAUUUCCAAGGGGGUAUUAUAGAUGCACUCAUCGCCGCACCAAAGGUUGUGCUGCCAAGAAGCAAGUCCAACGUUCCGAUGAAGACCCGUCCAUUUAUCAAAUCAUGUACAGAGGCGAACACACUUGUGCCAAAGGGGCCCAUCUAGUGCAGGCCCAAUCGAAGGCCCAAUUUCAACCCAUAGUUCCAGCCCAAUUGAAAUCAGAACCACAACAGAUUCCAAGCCCAAAUCAAAAUGAAAUUUACGUGGGCCUAGGCCCAGAAGGUGACCUCAAAGUAGAACCAGAACAGGAGCCCGUUAACUAUGCCCAAAUAUUUCGUUCCUUCUCAUUCACCUCAACUCACCUACAAACUGAUGAUCCUAAUGAGAACGACAUGUUGAGCUUCUGCCCUGCUUUUGGAUCACCAACAACCUCGGAGUCGAACUAUAUUCCGGUGUCACCGUACCGGCCUACCGAUGCCCACAUUGGGCUUACCGUGCAAACAUCGGAAACCGACAACAAUGAAGGGGUUUCAGGCCCAAACUCGGUCACAAAUUCACCAGUAGGUGACUUUGAGUUCCCUAUUGAUGACUUGCUAGAUUUUAAUUGCGACUUUCCUUUUGAGCUUUAAAUAAACUAUCAUUUGUCCUUUCAAUCCUACUCACCACUACCAAAAUAAUAGGAAGUUUGCUUAGUGUUUUUAUAAAUACAUAGUUUAUAUCGCUUGCUGUUACUAUUUUCGCGCCUCAAUACCCUACGUGUUUUUCAUAUUGCAUUAUGAAGAUUUUUUGAGGUGUUGUAGCGUAGCACUAGAAAUUUUAUAUUGUAAAAUUAAAUAGGGAAUUAUUUAGGUUAACAAGUUUGUAUCAAAAUCUAGAGAUGAUUAAAUGAAUAAGAUCACUCUACGUAUUUUGAA